AUGGAGACAGAGUCAAGGCGAAAAGGACCCAGGAGUCCAAGCGCAGAUUCAGACGACUCGUCACGGAGAAGACGCUCGAGGAAGUACGACCGCGACAGGUCGCCGUCGCCUAGACGCUCGAGGUACAGAAGGUCCAGGUCCCGAGGUCGGUCCGGCUCACGAGAGAGAAGGAGAAAAGACCCGGCGAGGAACUCUCAGGACUGGAACAAGUCUGGGCAGAACCAGGCCCAGACCCCGACAGCUGCUGCUUAUGUACCGCCGGUUCUCAAUCAAUAUCAGGCUCCGCCGCCGCCAAACACCACUCAGCCACCUCCACAGAUUCAACCGUACAAUCAGGGAUAUAACUACAAUUAUAAUUACAAUCAGGGGUACGAGUACGGUUACCAACAACCGGCUGGCUAUCGCAGUGAUUACCCACCACCUAAUUGGCAAGGAGGACAAGUACCAUACAAUAAUCAGCCAGCACCCGUUCCGCCCGCAAUGACGCCAGCGAUUGAUCCACCGCGACCUGUUGAAACUGCUCCUUCUAUCGGAGCUGUUUCUCGUCCUGAGGAGAGCAAAAAAGAAGCUAUUGCAGCUGAAAAAAAACAACAACAAGCGACGUUGUUGAAACAACGAGAGGAAUAUGUUAGAAAAACUACGACCUUGCAAAGAGAGUUAGAAAUAUUAAGACAGCAGUGUGAUGAAAUUGGUAAAGAAGAUGGUCGUGAAAAUCGUAUUGUCAAAGAAAAUCAAAAGCUACAGGUUGAAAUUCAAAAUAAAAUGAAGUCAAUUCACAAUGUAAUUGACAUGUUAACCGGAAUAAUCGGCGACAAGGCGACAGUCGAUGACCUGAGAAUAAAAUAUAAGUCAGACGCACCAUUGAAGCGCGGGAAGAGUCCUAAAGAGGACUUUCCCAAAGCUAAAUUAAUGGAGUCUCCAACAAAAUCCUCGAGCUCGGAGGGAGACCGCGAGGCUAAAGCCGAGCGCGAGCGUAAGCUAAGGUUAAACGAAGAGGAUUCUAAGCCAACUUACAAUUUUGUACAUUAUGACCCGGAAAUGCAUUGGUGUAAGGUCUGCGAUAUCUUUCCUAAAACAGCUAAGGAAUAUUUGAAUCAUCUUCACUCCAAUGAGCAUAAAGAAACUUGUCUGGAAAGGAAGAUCGUGGAUAUGCCCUGGCACAAACGUAAUGGCGAAGGAACGGAAAAGGAAGUACCGUAUUACCCCGGUCUACCGACUAAAAGGACUCCCAUUAAAGGCUUGCAAUUCUUCAGCCCGGCUACUGCUUGGUACUGCAGACUCUGCGAUUCUUGGAUAGGCGAUCUCCACUGUGCUAGUCUUCAUCUUAAGUCUAAACGUCAUUCUGAAAACUUUUGUAACUAUGUUGACCAAAAUCCUCACUGGGAAACCGACUGGAUGGCAGACCGCGAGAAGGCAUUUUCCGACGAGCGUCAGAAGCAAAUGCAAUUAGAACUUCAAAAGCAAAAAGAAGACGAGCCUUCAGCAAAGCCCAAGAAGUCUAAAAAGUCCAAAAAGAACAAAAAAAAGUCCAAGAAGCGUAAGAACAAAAGCAGCAACAGCGAGUCUAGCAGCGACUCGGAGAACUCGUCAGACCAGGAGUCAGACCAGGACACAUCCAAGAGCAUCCGCGUGGCGAUGCGUAACAAGAUGAAGGCCUCGACCCAGGCAAUCCUCAACGAGGAGAUCGACUACCACGGAAUAAAGUUAAAGGGCCACUGGUCCCAGGUCGCCGGGGCGAAGGAUCCAGAAAACGACGACCGCGCGCUCCUGAAUUCUAUCCGCGACAAGCUGAAGGCCAAGCAGGAAGAAGAGAUGAAGCGCCGGCCUGAAGUGAUCGCGGUUUCAGAUGGUCAAGAAAUUAAGGAAGGCAACGGGUUCUCGGAGAAGCCGUCGGAGUCGACUUUGGAGGCCUGGGGGCCCAAAGAGCCGCCAAAGCCUUUUUGGAUUAAAAAAGACGAGGACAAAGCCCAGCCGAGACAAGACCAAGGCAAGUCGGACAUUCCCAAGCCGGAGGAAAUUCCUAAGCCUCAUAUGGGCUUCUGGACCAAGCAGCAGGUCAACAUGCCCGCUAAAGCCCAGGAGAAGUCUUUAUCCGAUCGCGAGGACGACCGCGAGCGAGAUCGUGAUCGCGAUCGUGACCGCGAUCGCAAAUAUGACCACAAAGACGACCGCGACAGGAAGUAUGAUCGCAGAGACCACGGCAGGUACGACAGCUACGACAGGCGAGGUCGUGGAGGCCGGGAACGCGAUAGAGAAAGAGACAGAGACCGCGAUCGCGAUUAUUAUGACGAUAGGAACGACAGGAGGAAAGACAGGCGCCCUGAUGACUCUCCUAGGCGCUGGAGAGACAGUCCCAAGAGAGGCUAUGAUAAGUACAAGCCUAGAGAUGAAGACUCUAAUGAUGAAAAGUACGAUAAAAAAACUGCGGACGCGAAGAAGAAACUGCCCCCGAAAAAGCCCCCGACGUCGAACCCGGGAAAAGGAAAGCUACCUUUUAUUGGAAGACUUCCACUUUUUAAGAAGAAAGAGGAGAAUAAGCCCGAGAAAGAUAUCACACCGCUGCCUUAUACUACCAGCAAGUUCGAAGAUACUCCUAAGGUACCUAAUGAGAUUAUUAAUCCUCCUGGGGUCGUGCAUAUUACUAAGCUAGCUGGGCCUGUUAUUAGUAAUAAUGUUCCGGUUAGUAAACCCGCGAUGAAGAUUCUUGUUGCUCCACCACCGCCAGUUCUCAAUGCGCCUAAAACUGCGGCUAAUCCGCCACAGGUAGUAGACAUGGAAAUAGAAGACCAGCUAGAAGAAACGAUAAUCGAGGACACAACCAACGACACCUCAAAGCCAACGACGACCUCAUCAAAGCCAACCCCAGCAUCAACUGCCAUAACAACCGCGUACAGCCAGCCUCCACCGUUCAUGACGAGUAACGCAGCUUACGGUCCGGGGCAGCAGUUUCCAGUCCGACCACCAGUGAUGCCGACGACGAUGCCGACGUACGCGCACCCUCCACCCAUGCAGACGGCGUACGUAGCCCCUCAAGCCAUGCCAAUGAUGCCCAUGGAGCCGCCGAUGGUGGUCGAGGGCGUCCCAGCGGAGCCCGAGACCGACAAGCGCGCCGAAGGGCCGCUGCCUGAGGACCUCCAGGAAGCUCUCAACAUUAUUUUCCCCAAAGACGAGGUCGAGGCUCGAAAAGACCUUCAGGCCGACAACCAUAUCAUGUACGCCUCUAUGUACAGCAGCAUGAUCGGGUGCGUCGGGUACGGUCCUGAGUACAUGGACCAGCCUCCCCCCGAGAUCACCCAGGCCGAGACCGAGACCGAGGCCCAGCCGGGGCCCGAUGACCUCAAGAUGCUCGGGAUCGACGAGGGUGACACUAUUUUUUAA